AUGAAUAAAUCGGAAUAUAUAUAUGUUAAUGAACAUUUAAUAUCAUCAUCAUUAAAUUGUCCUAUUUGUUUGAAUAUUCUUGAAGAUCCACAUACACAUACAAAAUGUGAUAGUGCAUUUUGUCGUUCAUGUUUAUUACAAUUAGUUGAACCUAAUUGUCCAAUAUGUCGUUGUUAUUUGGAUAAUAUGUUACCUAUUGAAUUUAAUAGAGAUUUACCAAAAUCAAAUCGACUUAUUCGUAAUAUGCUUGAUGAAUUAUUUGUUGAAUGUAUUCAAUGUCAUACAAUUCAUCGUCGUGGACAAUUUAAACAUAAAUGUCAACCAAAGAAAAUUUUUUUAUCGACUAAACGUCAAAAAUGGGAAGUAUUUCAAAUGCUUCUUUCAGUUAUAGUCAUUUUUCUAUUAAUUUUAAUUAUUUAUUAUAAUCGAAAUUAUGUUUUUGAAACAGCUAUCGAUCGUCAUAAUGAAUUAAUUAAAGAAAUAGGUAUUGAUAUUGAUAAAUAUUUAUUCAAUAAAAUAUACUAUUUAAUAGUUAAAUUUAUUGAAUAUUCUAUACCUGUAUUUAUAUUUAAUCUAUUUCUUUGGUUUAUUAUAUUAUUUUAUGGUGAUCGAUAUACAUCGAAAACAACUAGUAGAAUAUUAAAAAAAAUUUUUGAAAUAACAAUUAUUAUUAAUCUUAUAGGACAUUCACUUUAUUAUUAA